AAGUCUGAGGACAAGAUAGAACUUCACUCUUUAGGGAAAGAAGUCAGAGGUUCAGGAAGGACUAAGGUUUCCAUCUGAAGCUCACAAACUAUCUUUUGGGGUGUGAUGGAGGGUUCCAGAUUGGUUUGGAUAGAGAGUGUGGCUUCUCUGAAGGGGACGGGUUUCUUCUGACUAGAUUCUGAGUCUCAUUCCCAUGUCAGAUGUGCUUCACCCAGCCUUCAUAUUGGGCUGAUCAGAACAGCAGUGCUGACCUCGGAGUACAGUCUGUAGCCUGAGCUCUGCCCCAGGACACAGGGUUCCCUGGGGGAGCCCAGACGUGACUGUUGGCCUCAGAUUCUAUGCCCUCCUUCCGCAGAGGGUUUAAGACCAUCAAAUGUGGAAUCUCACAGACAAAAAUGUCCUUUGAAAUUAUCAAAGAAGUAAAAAAUUGAAAAUAUUUCAUUGCCCUUCAAGAUUAAUAAAAGGAAGGAAUACAAUUUCUACUAAUUAAAAAUGAAGAGUUGUCCAAUUCUUGCCUAAUGAAUGUCUAAGCUUGUUAACAAAAGGAGUAAAAGAAAUGAGCCCCAGCCCCUCAUUCUUUUCUUUUUGUUUUCAGCGUCAGGGAACAAAGAGAAGGAGAAAUGGAGUAUCUAAAGGUAAGGUUCUGCCUGUUCAACCUGAGCUCUAUAAGGGUGAACUUUCCUAUCUCCCUACAGCUCCAUGAUCUUGGAGGAUGUCAGUUUCUAGGUGCAGUCUCUCUCAGGAAACAGGGUCUCAGAGGAGAGGCUCAGGAGAAGGCAGUGAGACCUGAGAGAUUCCUCAGAGUCCCUGCCCUGCCCACCCUUCCUUGGGUGUGAAUGAAGUAGUGAUGGACCUGGGCCUUGGACAUUUACUGCCAAGUAGGGGCCCUGUGAGAUGUCCAAAGACCCCUGAUUGUCUUGGAGUCAGAAUUUCUGUCUGGUGACAUGGUGUAAACUACUUUAAUUCUUGGCUGAUUAGAUUCAUCCUGAGUUAGCGACUGAUCCUUGUGCUUCAGGUGGUGGUUUUGAGCAGCAUGUAGGAUGGUACAGGUGAAAGUACUUUCUAAAUGGAACCACAUAUACCUGUGAACCUUCUUACUAUUAUCCCUGACACUUAUGACCUUAUCUGCAGAUUUUUAGGGCUUUCUGACUUUAAUAUCCUGUUUCCUGUAAAAACUCCUGAAUGAUAACCUGUGUUUUCACCUUUACUAUAUAUAACCAACUGUCCUGGUUUUCCAGGUCGGAGAACUUGCCGGAGAGAAGUAGAGGAGUGGAGGAAGCUGCUUUCUAGUCUGAAAAGGUGAUUAGUCAUUUCCCUUUACUGAUUCCUUUCCUAGCAUGCUUUAUUCAGUCCCCCAGGCAUUCUUCGAAACAUGCCCUAAUCACAGGAGGGAUAGCCAUAGCCAUGGGUACGUGAAUAAAGAACUUGGGAGGGGAGGGUAUUGUGAGGUCAUAGAUGUGUGGAAUGUAGAGCAGGUAGCGGGCUCCCCACCACCCAUAGAACUGCAGAUCUUGCUUCCCUUGUACUGGUUCUGGUUACAGCUUUGGCUUUCUUUCUCUUACAGUCCCAUGAGCCAGAAUAAUGAUUUCCUCCACUUUCUGCAACUGUUAUGUAAAUGCCCGCUCUGUGGGGUGUAUAACAGAACAGGAGCUAAGGUCAGUCAACUGAUCUGUAAGGCGUUCUUGGAAAAUGCUCUUAAUUCUGUGUCCCGUGUGUCUUCCGUGACGUCUGUGAGAGAGUCAUCAGUUUUUUGGUCCGCUGUUGUCUCUGCAAUCCCUCUGGGAGCUUCAGUUUCAACUCCUUUAACUGAGCCAACUCUAUUUCCUUCCUCUAUUCGUUCACCUGACCAAAUUACCCCUUUAAUGGACCUACCUGGACCCUCAUUACUGGGUGACUCUCUGCCACCAGAGCCUUCUCCCUUGAGUUCAAAAUUGCCAGUGGAUCAUAUCCCACCUCAACCAUCUGUUCCAACUCCUCCCCCACCUGUUCCAACCCUUCCCCCACCAACUGACAGUCAAGAAGCAAAACCUGUUCUCCAACCAGAAGCCCCUUUGUCUCUGGUGGAUAGCCCUGAUGGGUUGUCUACUAAUGUCCCAACAACCACAUGCACUGACAGUGCAAGCCUUCCAGUGUCAGAGUUCUCUGGAAACCAGUCUCAUGCUGAAAACUUGUCUCCAUCUAAAUUGGAGCACUCUGAUGAUGACAAAAACCUCCUCGACCUCCAUCCUCCUGAGGCCUCUUUUGAGAGUGAUACUACAGCCAUCCUUGUAGAGCACGGAAACCUCUCAUUUCUAUGCCCUGAUGUCUUGGCCCUUCUGGAGAGACAUAUAAAAAAGAAGGGUGGUUUCCUGAUGCAGAACAAAAAGAAAAAGGAAAAAAAAUCUUUUCCAAAAGAACUUAAGCCAGACGACCAAUUGAAUUCUUCAGGGAAAAGGUUAGAGUCAGUUGCUGAGCAACAGGACUCACCUGUCUCCCUUCCUUUACAGAGCAGUGAAGGCAAAUCAGAGGGAUUGCAGGUAGACCACCAGUCCUCAGAUCCUAAGACCUUUGAGGAUAACUUACCUAAAAAAUGUACCCAAUUCUUCUAUGGUCUCCCAUCUUUGCAUAGUGAGUCCUUGAAAUCUAUAGUUCCCGUCUCAGGUGACUGUUCAACCUAUGUCUGCUUCAAUUCAAUGCCCACUUUCUUUGAAGCCCCUGAAUCUCUAGUUCUACCCCCUCCCCCAACUCUGUCCUUGCCUGAGAUCCAAUCUCAACCCUUGACCCAAGCACUGUGCCAAUCUCCUGUCCCACCCCAGGACCAGCUUCAAUUCUCGGUCCCUACCUUGUCACCACCCAUUUCAUCUCAGGUUAGUGAUGGUGGAGUGAGGAUUCAUAGAUUCCAGGAUGAGGUACACUCUCUCAUGCCAUCCAAAAUUCAUGACUUGGAAUAUAAUGUAUUAGAGAAAGGACAGGAAAGUUUGUGGGGUUUACCCUCUGUGGUUCAAAAAUCCAAGGAAGAGUUUUGUCCUGCAGCUCCCAGUGUUUUAUCUGAUUGUCGGUCCUCCAAGGCUUAUGCUCCAACAACCAUCAUUCCGGGAGAUUUUCCCCUCAAAAAAGAGCUUCGGAAGAAGCUAGAGCACCACCUUCGGAAAAGGCUUAUUCAACACCAGUGGGGUCUGCCCUGCAGAGUCCUUGAGUGUCUGUCAAGGAUGAGUCCUGAAACAGAAAUUUCCGAAAUAUCUGAGUCAAAGUCCACUUACGGACUUUCAUGGAUCUCUUUGUUUAAGGGUCAAAGUAGCAAAGAUUUACAAUUGAGCCAUCCCAGAAGUUUCCAUGAGAAGAGCUCAGAAUUACUUCCACUAGAGGAGAGAAUGAAGAAAGUAAAUAGUCUAGAGAUUGGCACAAAAGAUGAUCCAUUGAGUGACUCAGAGGGGGCUCCAGAUAAUGAUCUGGACUCUGACUUUAAGACAAACCUAAAAAACGAAUUGAAUAGUCUUUUUGGAAAAAAAUCAAAGAUCUCAGAGGAGAGCUCAGUUCAGAAACAACUGACAGAAGCCCUAGAAAUACAUUUGAGCAAGAAAUUUGAGGAAAUCCAUGUGUGUCAGAUGCCUGGCACCGUGAAUAGAUCAUUGCAUUCUAUGGAGCCAGUAUUGAUUAGUCCUGAGAAAUCCCUUAGCCAAACGAAACACAGAGAUUUGGUACCACUGGUGUGUAAGGACAAGGGCCUCAAUACCUCCCAGGAUAUAUCCUUCCUUGGUUCCAACAAACAAAAGAUCUUGGAAGACCAUAUUAAACUGUUCCAUAAGAGGAUGAUGUGUGGGCUUCCUCAAAAGGUCCAGGAAUCCAUAGACAUCUUCAAAAUGAAAGGAACCCCAUCCUGGUCCUCAGUUCGCUCCAACAUUUCCUCCUCAUCCAGUCUUACUUCUGGCAAGUAUUCCAAAAUUGGGGUCUCCAAGCCCCUUAAAGAAAGCAUUAGUACUUUUCACGUAAAUAAGGUGGGAACAAUAAUUUCAGGCCCUACUCUAGAUCAUCCUCUUUCUGCCACUUCACCUGUGAGCAAGGAAAAUAAGAGGGCCCUAACACAUUCACCCUCUCACACCAACCCUGAGCUUACAGAGAAUGUCAAGGCAAUUGAGGGUGACAGACGGGCUUCGUUGCCCUUCCCACACAGUGACAAAGAUAAAGACAGUCAGAAACAGACUGUAAUAGCCAAUAAAUGCAGCCCAAAGUUGCCCACAAAGCAGGCUGGGGCCAGACCCAAAUCAUGGAAUAAGGGAGUGAGUCCCAGCAAUAGUAUAGAAAAUAUCCAGAGAAAAAUGAUUAAGAAUUUAAAAUAUUUUCCCAUGUCUAACAAGUCCAGGGAGAUAUUCAAGGCAAAGGAGCUCUGUGCUAUUCGAUCACAGUCUACGAACAGCCUGACGACCACAGAGUCAGAAAGCUCCUCAGUGACAGAUAUGAAUAUGAGUAAAGUUGAAUCAACUCUAACCAUUGAAGGGCCCCCAGAAGGAAUAUCAGUUCUCAAAGAUUCCGAAUCAUUAGAUCUUAAAAAUCAGUUGCUUAAUGAGUUGAAGAUGAAAAUCGAGAGCAGGGAGCGGGGCCUGGUUCCAGCCUUUUCUACUGAGUUGUCUCUGGCCUUAGAUAAGUUGACUUCCAAGACCCUGGCUUCCAAGACCUUAGCUUCCAAAACCUUGACUUGCAAGACCUUGACUUCCUUCACUCAUUUUCAUAGUGCCUCUAGUGGGGACAUGGCAGCUCCCCAGGUGCUACAAGCCCAAUGUGACAACAGAGGGAUCAACAUAGAGCAGGGGCAAGAACACUGGAUCCCUACACAUGUCUUAUGCAAGUGUCAGGACAAGAAUGUACCCUUAGCAUCAAAAAGGGUGUGCCCUCUGGUACCCCAAACAGGCAAGUUUUGUGGAGGGGAUACAGGGUUGGUGACACGCCAACCUAGAGGGAAGCUCCCCCACCCUCAAGACAGAACACUAAAGGAGGCACUUGGGAGCAAGUCCUCCUCAGCCCCAUCACUGAAGGGACAGCCUUCUAAAAGCCAGUUCAAACACUUUUUUCAAAGGCUUUAUCUUGGUAUAAAAGGCAAAGGGCAAGAAGGUUCUCUGGAAAAGGGCAGCUCUUCAUCAUCUGUGCAAGGCAGAAACCCAGCUAAGAAGAGAGCUGCCUUUACUGGGAAUACUGAAGCUCAGAAAAUCAUGACAGACAUUGGGAUCCUAGAGGAGAAACUAGCAGGUCGGCAUGGAGUAGAGGCCACCGCCCCACAAAAGCCUCUUUCCACCCCCAUGAGGCCUGGGAAAAUUCAGCACAAGACUGGAUUGCCGAUUCAGGCAGAACCCAUCCAGAAACAUGACUUCAAUGUCAAUACUCCCUGUGCUAAGGUGCCAAGUGCCAAAUCUUGCAGCCACGAAGUUGGCUUUGCUGGUCAGUGGUAUCGUAUAGGGAAUAAUAAAUGGGUCAUGGACAGGGGCAGACAGCCCCAGAAAAGUGUACCGUACAGGACAAGAUAAUAUGUCAGAAGCAUCACCCAUCCAUGCCGCACAAGGAACCCUUGCCCCAUCUGAAUACUACAUGCAAAUAUAGAGUUGGUCAGGUGGCUCCAGCUGCUGCUCCUUUUGCUAAAGGCACUGUGUUGGGAGAGUUGUCCCUAUUGUUCAAACAGAAAAUGCUUCUCCAGAAUUUUCAGAAAGAAAAUUUUCUUCCCCCCAAAUAAUUUAUCCCUUUUUGAGAAUACUGAUUUUCCCCAAUAAAUUUUCUAACAAUA